AUGCGAGGGAAGGCGGUGGAGGCGACGCUGCUCGAACGCGCGGCGUACGAAGACGCGAGGUUUUUGACGCAGUUCGUGAGCGAUACGGGGAAGAUUUACCCGAAGCGACGGUUAGGGGUGAGCGCGAAGGCGCAGCGGAAGAUCGCGCGCGCGAUCAAAACGGCGCGGCAGAUGGGGAUUUUGCCGUACACGUCUCGUCUUCCGCAGUUUCAACGCAGCCGCGAGACGUGA